AUGGCGUCGAAGGUGGAUGCUCGUCUUAUGAAGUCGACCAAGUUUCCGCUCGAGUUCAGCCAAAAGGUGGACACGCAAAAGGUCAACAUGCAGGUGGUGAAAAAAUGGAUUGAGAAGAGGAUCACGGAGAUUCUCAAGAAUGAGGACGAUGUCCUGAUUGAGAUGUGCUUCAAUCUUCUUGCUGCCUCGCGUUGGCCUGACAUCAAGUCGCUGCAGAUCCAGUUGACCGGCUUCCUCGACAAGGAUACUGCACCCUUCUGCAAAGAGCUUUGGAACCUCCUGCUCAGCGCCCAGAGCAGCCCCAAGGGAGUGCCAAAGGAACUUCUCGAGGCCAAGAAGCUCGAGCUCAUGCAAGAGAGGGUAUGUCGUUGCUGCCCGCAUUCUGAAAGUACGCAUGCUGACCCUCAACGUGACAGAUGGAUGCCGGUCGAUCUUCCGAAAACACGCGCGGGAACAGGGAAGGCGACGAGAGAAAUCGCCGACAAGGCGCAGACACCUGGCAAGCGCCGGCGAGACGUGGAGAUCGUGCUGGAUUCCACCGCGGCAGGGGUGGCAGGGCGGCCGAUUUUGGCCACGAUCGUCAGAGAUCACCCUCGCCUGGACGCCGAGGCCGUGGACCCCGCGACACGUACGGCCGCGACAGCUACGUCCCCCGCGGCCGGCAGGGCCGUGAUGAGCACUUUCGACGAGGUCGUGGCCGUGGCCACUCGCCUUCGAGAGACGACCCCGCCCGGUCUCCUUCUCGCAACAGAACGCGUCGGCGGUCGUCCACACCCCCGCGCACCCGGGCGCCCGGCAAGCGCAGCAGGUCCCCGCGGCCGCACAACGACACACGCCAACGUGGCACGUACAGCCGAUCCCCAUCCAGCUCGCCGAGACGGCGCUCACCAGCUCCGAAGAGAAGGAGACGUUCCCGUUCGCGAAGCGCAUCAGUUGAUCGUGGCCGACGACGGUACUCAUCCUAUUCUACCUGCUCAUCCUCGCCCCGUUCCAGGGGACGCUCUGACUCUCUCAGCCGCAGCCCAUCGCGCAGCCGCAGCCGCAGCGAUAGCCGGAGCCGCAGUCGCAGCCGCAGCGCGCGUCGAGCAUCGCCUCCUCGCAAUCAACGCUCGCGUGACUCGCCUGUGCAGGGUCGCGGAGAGCGAAGCGAGAGGCGCCUUUCGGGUGACCGGCAUGGUGAACGUGACCAGGGGCGAGGACGAGCUCCUCGCCGUGGUGACCGAAAUUCUCGCGGAAGACAUGAUACCCCAAGCCGCAGGCGUAACAGCUCAUCCGAUUCUUCACCUUCCACGCAAACCACCAGCUGCCGCUGGGGCGGCUCCUACGGUAGCAGAGUACAAGAAGGCGCAGGCAAGGGUGCGGGAGCUGGUUGAACGUCGCAGGAACCACGAGAGAAAGCUGGCGGCACUCGAGGAGAGCAUCGCGUCCAAGGAAACAGCCUACCUGGAAAGCACGCCGGCGGGAAAUAUCAUCACGGGCUUCGACAAUUACAUGAAGGGACAGAGCGGCAUGGCGGCGCAGCGGCGCAGGACAGGACCGAUGGAUCAGAAUCGGGUCUUUGCUCGAUCGUCCAUAUCCUACAAGGCGAAUAACGCGGAGUCUACUCCGGGAUCGACGCCUGCCUCUCACGCGCCAACACCAAUGUCUGCGACGUUCCGUGACAGUGGUUCCGCCCAUCCAACACCGUCGUCAGGAAUAGCCAACAAGGGCACGAACAAAUCGAAGAAGAAGGAAAAGGAGAAAGAAAAGGAGAAGGAGAAGGAAAAAGAGAAGGAGAAGGAGGCGGAUGAGAGCGAAGGAGACUCGCAGACGAACAAGAAGCGAACCAAUUUUGGAGCGGCAAGAAAAUAA